CCCAAAAAUAAAAAGAUGGAAAUUAUAAAACAAAUAAACAAAAUAAAAAAGUGAAUAAAAGACCAGUAGUGAAGCGAUCCUUCUCACACACAUAACUCUCUCUCCUCAAAAGCGGCGGCCACCAUUUCUCCGGCGCCGAUUGCAAAUCACGGAGGUAAAAAAAUCUAUGAUCUGAUUUGGAGACCCUUAGCCUGAACUAGGUUACUGUUUUUUGUAACAUUGGUGAUAAAUACAGCUAUGGAUGGUAGAUUGGAGGCAGAGGAGUUGUUAACUUCUUUACAGGGAUUGAGUGAUUCUGAGUUUUCUUCACAAGAUUCUGCAGAUGAAGAAUUGUACAGUGAAGCAGGCUCCCAAACCAGAUUGCAAUUCAGGAGUGUUGUCUUUAAGGCGUGUUGGAAAGAUGAAAUGGGUAUGGCCGAGAUCAUGAAACACAAGGGCAAUUUGUUAAAAUCGAUGGGGAUCAAUCGUAAUGGCAAGAUAUAUCUAUCAAUUGAAGAGACACUGUUUUUAGUACAAAUAGGGGCAUUGCUUCUUGUUGAUGAUAAAAGUACUGCCCUUUCUUUAAGAGAGAUCUAUCCAAAAGUUGCAGAAGAUAAGAGUGGUUGCAGUUGGGAAGGUUUCAAAAUAUAUCAGCAUCUUAAGUCUCUUGGCUACAUUGUUGGGAGGCUUGGCACUCCAUGGAGCCUGAAGAGCAUAAAGAAUUGCACAUUGGUUCCUGAUAAUACAUCCGAAAACAAUAAUGCGACACUAAUUAUAGUUGCUGGGACUUCCAUUGUUCAGUCAUUGAAAAAUAUACAACUCGAGGAAGCAAGUCCUAUUUCUGAAGAUGGUCUUCUGAACUAUUUUGAGAAGACAUUUCCUGAAGAAUCAAAAUUUGUUGCCCAUCUACCCGUUUAUGAAGUUUAUCUUCCAAACAGCCAGUUCAAGAAGACAUGCCCUGGGGAUCCAAAUUUUGUUGUCUAUCCUACCAGUGGCCAUCCACCUUCACUAUCUGAUAUCAAAGUACUGGAGAGACAAAGCAAUGGACUUCCCUUAAAAGUUGGUCAUGUAGAUGAUGGACGAGUUAGUUUGUUCUCCUUUGACAAAAUGGAGCUUCCUGUCCUACCAUGAUGGCACGAAUUGUAGUUUCUAAGCGCAAGGUAGAGGAAAUGUUAAAGAAUUUUUGCCUUAAUUUUGUGAUCUCAGAAUAUUUCCUCCUUUUUUCUUUGUUAAAUCGCAGAAGCUUUAUGUGGAAUCCACAAACGUCUCUGCCAUUCGUGGUUAUUUGUAGGUUUUGGUGGAGCCGUGUUGGUGGUUUGGUUUGGGUGCUGUAGUGGUGGCCGUGGAGAGAAGAGGAAAGUGCAGGAGAGGUCUAUUGGGGGUGGGCGAGGUGGUAUGGUGAUGGCGGGCUGAAGGCAGUGAUGCAUGGAGUGUUGGUGGUGGCUGGCAGUUGUGGUCAGAUGCAUGGGAUGAUGGUGACAAGAUAGCAGUUCACAUCUCCUAAUGAAAGCCUAUAUAGGCAAAUGUAAAGUUAGGCUAGGUUAAUAUAUAGUUCAAUUGCAAAUUAAAUUUGUACUAGAGCUGACAUUACGAUGAAUAUAAUGUGUUACACGCGUUUUAGUAAGGAUAAGUUAUCAAGAUCUUAAUUGAUGCUUCCUUCAUUAAAAAAAAAGAAGAAAAAAAAAAAAUAAUUCUUUUAAUUGAUGCCUCAAGUUGGUAAAUGAUGUUAGGAUAAUAGGAUCUACUCGAAACUAACUAACACUUUAUGAUAUUAAAGUCAAUUAAUUUAUGUAUCAUUACACGACUGUUAAUGCGUAACAUCUAAAAAAACGAAGUGGACAUUUAAAAAAACGAAGUGAAUACGGAGUAUUAGAUAACCACAUGAAUUUUUUAAGAUAAUUUUUUAAUAUAUAUUUUUUUUGGUUAAUAAGUUUAUUACAAUUUAAUUAUUUAAUCCAUCAAAAACUCAAAAUAAGGUCAAAGCUUUUCAUGGCUUUAACUCAAAGUCCCCCAAUAACGUAUACCUUCCAAUAAGAACACACCACGUAAGCUGCAAUUCCUCCCAUCUCCAAUCACAUCUUCUCAGUUUACAACACAAAUCUAAUCUUUUUUUUUAAUUACUCAAAACAAAAAAAAAAAAAAAAAAAAAAAGCUCUCCCUCGUACUCUCCUCCUUUGACUCUCUUUCCCCCAAUUCAUUCUCUCUCCUCUAUAUCGACUGCGAAUUCGACGCAAUUUUACGAGCUGCUGCGAUUUCUA